GCGGCCCGCACUGAGCGGCUACGGGAGCGCAGCCGCUGCUCGCGGCGGAGCACGUCUGAAAUAGCUGUCUCAGGUAACGAGGCUCUAAAUGUGAUUCCUGUGGGUUGGCUGCUGUGAGCCUUAUUCACGCAAAGCUGCCUAUUUUACAAGGGGAUGAAUUUUUUAACCAAAUUCUAUCACCUGUCAAGAGUUUUCAUGUGAUUCUUGGAAAGCUGCUACAGAGUCUUCACUAUCAGUUAUUCAGUCCUGUUUUCUUCUCCCUUCAGCAGUUUCUUUUUUGAACAGCAAACGGAGGGAACUGCUCGCAUUGCUGCUGCUGCUGCUGCUCCAGCUGCGCGUGUGUGUGUGUAAACAGGAUGGUGUAUCUGUAGCUGCCACGCGCAAACACACAUUUGACCAUGAGGACUCUUCGCAGGUUGAAGUUCAUGAGUUCGCCCAGCCUCAGUGAUCUGGGCAAGAGAGAGCAGGCAGCCUUGGAUGAGCGGGGGACCCAGCAGCGACGGGCCUGCUCCAACGCUACCUGGAACAGUAUCCACAAUGGAGUAAUAGCUGUGUUCCAGCGUAAGGGUCUCCCCGAUCAUGAACUUUACAACCUCAAUGAAGGAGUCAGGCAGUUAUUGAAAACAGAACUGGGAUCCUUCUUCACUGAAUAUUUACAGAAUCAGCUGCUCACAAAAGGCAUGGUGAUCCUAAGAGACAAGAUCCGGUUUUAUGAAGGGCAGAAACUGCUGGAUACCUUAGCUGAAACCUGGGAUUUUUUCUUCAGUGAUGUCCUGCCCAUGCUUCAGGCUAUUUUCUAUCCUGUGCAGGGGAAGGAACCCUCAGUUCGGCAGCUGGCUCUUCUGCACUUUAGGAAUAUAAUUACCCUCAACAUUAAACUAGAAGAUGCAUUAUCACGUUCCAGAGCAAGAGUUCCACCUUCUAUUAUUCAAAUGCUGCUAAUACUCCAGGGGGUUCAUGAGUCAAAAGGUGUGACUGAAGAUUAUUUGAAACUUGAAUCUCUGAUCCAGAAAGUGGUUUCACCUUAUUUGGGCACCUAUGGUCUGUAUUCCAGCGAUGGACCCUUCACACACUCUUCCUGUAUCCUGGAGAAGCGGUUCUUCAGGCGUUCCAAGUCAGGUGACAUCCUCGCCAAGAACCCCGUGGUGCGAUCGAAAAGCUACAAUAAUCCACUGCUGACACCAGUAGCUGAAUAUGAAACAGAGGGUAUGGCUGCCAAUGGGACAAGCAUCCGAAGACACUCCGUUUCAGAAAUGACUUCCUGCCUGGAGCUCCAGGGCUACUCCAACCUUACCACCAUCAUGGACAACGGUUCUAAGAGCUCCAUGACGGCCACAAAAAACUUGCUGUCAGACCAGGAGAGGUCCAGUGCUGGGUCAGCACAGUGCUCUGGCAAACUCAGCACAGUGGAGCAACAGAAAGGACACUUCCACUCAAUGGACGACCCACAUAGGUCUUUUGAGCUGGACAGGGACCCUUCCUUGAUUCCUGUUCCUUCUUCUAGCCCUGAGAACAUAGUGGAUCAGAUUUUAGAGUCAAUUGACUCUGAUUCUGAAGGCAUUUUUAUUGAUUUUGGCCGGGGCUGUUCCAAAUCUUCAGCAUACAAUGUGGACGUGAACAGACAGAGCGUCUUGUGAAGGACAAAGCCUUGGGUUUUAGUAUUAUACAAGAAAGCUACUAACAUAUUGAGUCAGACCAUGGGCAGAAACUAUGUGUGUCUAGGGCACAACCUCAGCUGAGUUGAAGCACAGAAACGCAACAGUUUACAACAGGCAGGAAUCAGCUGCCUGGAGGGAGAAACCGUGAUGAUUUCUCCCUGUCUCCAUCCUCUGUGUUCUGAUUUCUUACCGUCUUUCUAAAGGUAGGGACUCACAAACUAACAGGUGUCUGGUAAAAUGCUGUUGCUACAACAGGCAGCGUCUAUUCAGUAAUGCUGCUUAGGAAAUGACUCAAGAGAUUCCCGUAGAAAGGCAGGUUGUUCUCUGGACUGUAAUACAUCAGCUAGAGCACAGAAAGUUAUCCUUUUAAAAAGAAAAACAGAAAAAAACCAGAAGCUGUAGUCCUUCAUACCACAGAAUACAAUGAUAAAGAAGUCUCUUUUAAUCUUUUCUUGUACGUCUUGUAUGCACUCCUUCGCCCAUCGGUGAGUUAAGAGUUCUUGAAGAAAGGCAAAUAAAUGGAAAUGUGCUACCUGGUGUC